UGUGACGUAAACAGAGUUUGGACACAUCUGUAUCAGUGAUGCUCGAACCCGGCAAGUAGAAGCUCAGAGUCUUCGUCAUGGAUGUGGACGAACACGACGUCUGGUUUACUGCUGGCGUGGGAAAGAGGACGGCUGCUGACACACCUACAUCACCUUAAGCAAGGUUGUGGUUUGAACACGUGACCCUGCACGCUCCGUGAUAAAAGCCCGUGUUCGGCCACGCCAGGUUCACACUGUUGGUCAGGAUGAGGGGGCUGUUCGCACUCGCCGCGCUGUUCGUGGCCGUUCUCGGCAAGGAGACAUUUGAGGGGCAUCAGGUGCUUCGCAUCACUGCAAAGGAUGAUGUCCAGCUGUCUCUUAUCAAGGACCUGGAGGACUUGAUCGGCUUGGAGCUGGACUUCUGGAGGGGAGUGACUGAUGUGGCCAGUCCCGUGGAUGUCAGAGUUCCUUUCCACAGCCUGCAGUCCGUCAAAAUCUACCUGGAGACUCAGGACAUUGAGUACUCCAUCAUGAUCAAAGACCUGCAGGCGAUCCUUGAUGAGGAGCAGAAAGAGAUGGUGUCUGUUCCUCGCUUCGGUCAGCCCAGAAACACUGACAGCUUCGACUACGCCAGCUACCACACCCUCAGCGAGAUCUACAGUUUCCAGGACAUGCUGGUGGCUGAGAAUCCCAACAUGGUCAGCAAGAUAGUGAUCGGUCAGAGCUACGAGGGUCGUCCCCUGAAUGUGCUCAAGUUCAGCACCGGUGGAACCAACCGUCCCGCCAUCUGGAUCGACACUGGAAUCCAUUCCAGAGAGUGGGUCACUCAGGCCAGUGGAACCUGGUUCGCCAAGAAGAUCGUGACUGAUUAUGGACGUGACCCAGCUCUCACUGCCAUCCUCGACAACAUGGACAUCUUCUUGGAGAUUGUGACCAACCCCGACGGCUUCUACUACACCCACAACACUAACCGUAUGUGGCGUAAGACCAGGAAGCCCAACUCUGGCUCUAUGUGUGUGGGAGUUGAUCCCAACAGGAACUGGGAUGCUGGUUUUGGAGAAGCUGGUGCGAGCAGCAGCCCCUGCUCAGAAACCUAUCGUGGACCCAGAGCUAACUCUGAGUCUGAGGUCAAGUCCAUCGUGGACUUUGUGAAGUCCCACGGUAACAUCAAGGCCUUUGUCUCCAUCCAUUCCUACUCCCAGAUGCUCCUGUACCCCUACGGCUACACCAGGACUCCAGCCAAGGACGAGGCCGAGCUGCAUGAACUGGCUAGGAAGGCUAUCACUGACCUGGCCUCCCUGUACGGUACUCGCUACAGAUACGGCAGCAUCAUCACCACCAUCUACCAAGCUAGCGGUGGCACCAUUGACUGGACCUACGAACAGGGCAUCAAGUACUCCUACACCUUCGAGCUGAGGGACACCGGCCGUUAUGGCUUCAUCCUGCCAGCCAAUCAGAUCAUCCCCACCGCUGAGGAGACUUGGCUGGCUCUGAUGGCUAUCAUGGAUCACACCUUCAAGAACCCCUACUAAUGUGUGUGUGGAGAGGAAAUCCCUGUAGACAGGAUGUUGUCGGUAAAUGAUACCCAAGAGAAAUUCAUCUUUAAGACUAAUAUCACCGUCAUCAAAACCGCGAACAGAGCAAUAAAUAAAUCACUGGAAAACUGCAGUUUCCAUUUCUUCAUGAUUUUAAAGUGUUUUAAACUUCUAAUGUUUGCUUUGCUGUAUUUCACACCUCUGUCUUUAUUUUAUUGUUUCCUCAGCUCUUAAACCUCUCAUUAC